AUGGUUCCCGAUUUUACGAAUAAAGUUGUGUUGGUGACCGGCGCGAGCGCGGGAAUCGGGGAGGCCAUCGCGCUGUUGUUUGCGAAGCUUGGCGCAAAGUUGGCGAUCGUGGGCCGGGACGCCGGGAACCUGGGGAGCGUGGCCAAGCGCUGCCAGGCCGAGAAAGGCCUGGCCCCGCUGGCGAUCGUAGCCGACUUGGCCACGGACGUCGGUUGCGACAAAACUGCCAAGGACACCCUCGCACAUUAUGGAAGGCUGGAUGUGCUGAUAAACAACGCGGGCGUGGGUGCACGUACGUGCAUCCAGAACGCCGACAUGGAAACUUUUGACCGCGUGUUCAAUACGAACGUGCGCGGCGUGUACAACCUCACGCGUCAGCUCGUGCCUGCUCUCAUCAAGAGCAAAGGCAACAUCGUCAACAUCUCCAGCAUCGCCGGCACCUGCGUGACGGUGGGCAGCUUGCCCUACCCCAUGUCCAAGGCGGCGCUGGACCACUUUUCGAAACUCAUCGCUCUAGAACUGGCACCACUGCGCGUGCGCGUCAACACCGUUAGCCCCGGCGUCACUGUGAGCAAGUUCGUGCAGCGACUAACGGACUACAACGAGAAGCAGUACCAGGACUGGCUGAAGAACGCCUCGGGCUCCAUCCCGCUGGGGCGCGUGUGCUCGGGAGAGGACAUCGCCAAGAUGGUGGCGCACCUGGCCAGCGACGAGCUCAGCGCGCUCGUCACCGGCACCGUGGUGGAGGUCGACGGAGGCAUGCGGUUCGGAAACAUCGGCGGGCUAGUGCAGAGUUAUGCAAAAUAAGCAAACGAAGUAGAUCUCUAACUUCGUCAAUAUAGUAGACCCUCAAUCAUCAUUAAGCACAUGACGUACCUACCUACUAUUUUAACUAGUUUUUAAAAAAACAUACAGUUUUUAUGUUACCUACCUACAAACCUAAGAAAAGCGCAAUAAACUAAUUAGUUACAAAGUA